UAAGCUACAGUGGAAAAACUUCUCCUGGUCAGAUAUCCCUAGUUACCGUCGAAGUUUAUCCUAAAAAAUGUCAGUGCCUUUCUCCAACACUCACCUGCGGAUACCGCGAGGGUUUGGUACAAUCCUCGAGGGACUUGCCAGAGAAAUCCUACGAGACCAGCCUGAAGACAUCCCUAAAUAUGCUGCACAGUACUUCGAUGUUCUUCUCAAACAAAGAGAAGAGAGUGGCAUGGACCCUGCUGAGUGGGCUGCUAAACUGGAAGAUCGAUUUUACAACAACCAUGCAUUCAAGGCUACUGGGGCUAGUCCCGAGAAAGAGCUUGCACCAGAGAUCGCCAUUUCCAAGUGAGUUUCACUAUAUGUGCUAUCAACAGGCAAGAGGAUCAACAGGAGAGGGACA